ACCCUACUGGUGAGAUACACUGAGGAAUUGUGGAGGCUUGUGUGGGGAAGGGGCGGCCGGUCGGGAUUGAUGCGUCCGGAGUUGGGGACGCCUUUGCAAACAGCGGACAGGCCGGCCAACUCGAGGGCGAGCGGCAGAGAAGCGUGAGAAGGCAGAGAGCGGAGCGGACGCCGCAGCCAGGGCUGCUUUUGUUCCGUCGAGCGGACUCCUGCUUCGCGCCUUGUGCAGCCCCCCCCCCUUCGAAUCGCCACCUUUGGGUGCCCUGUUUGUGAUGGCUGAUCACAUGAUGAUGUCAAUGAGCCAUGGCAUGAAUGGGAUGCAGAACUACCGGAUAGGCAUGAAUGGGAUGCAAGCCCCACCGCAACACGGACAGCAGCAUGUGCUAAGGACGCUUCCUCCCAACCAUCAGAUGAUGCAGUAUGGAGGCCCUGCUAUGGAUGGAGGAAUGAGGCAAAGGCCAAGCAUUAACGGACAGAUGGGUCACCACCAGAUGCCAAACACAGUGAUGUUCAACAAUCCAAGUCAACCGCAACAGUACAUGGGACCUGUGGGUACCCAGCAACUUAUGGCAAGUAUGCACUUGCAGAAACUCAACACACAAUAUCAGGGCCAUCCUCUCCUAGGCAUGACUGCUGGCCCUGUUGGACCAGGUGCACAGCAAUACAGGAUGGGCCCGGGACAGCACUCGGGCAUGCAGCAUCUGCCCUCCCCUGCUUUGACCUUGAAUGUUAUGGACACGGAUCUUAUUGAUGAGGAGGUCUUGACUUCUUUGGUUAUGGAGCUGGGCUUGGACCGCAUUCAGGAGCUGCCAGAACUUUUUCUGGGACAGAAUGAGUUUGACUUCUUCUCAGACUUCGUUAACAAACAGCAGCCCAGCGCAAUCAGCUGCUGAGCAGCUCUGCCUGGGAAACAGGCCUGUUUUUCUUGUGGCCUGAUUGUGAUACACGCCUGCCUCCAGCAUUCUCAUUUUCUCCUGUAGAUACGUUGCCCAGAUUAUCUUUGCCAGUUGCUUGAAAAACAAUAAAGACAAUCACCAGAGGCUUUUUUUUUUACUUUUUUCCUCCCCUUGCACUGCCUUGCUGCUUCUCACAAGGGAGAGAAUGGCUUUUUCUUGUGCUGUUCUUGCAGAGAGGGUGGUUGAAAGGCUUCUGCAGAUGGGAAAUGAAUAACAGUUGUAGAACUUCAGCCAUUCAGGAAAGAAAGCCUGUCCCUUCAAAACUAUUCUGCAUUUGGACUACAAACAAUAAGAGGGGUGGGUUUCAAAGAGGCUGAGAACUGUUCUGCUGUAUCCUUCUCUGAUGCAGAACAAGCUGUUUCCAUAAACCCCUUUCCUUCAGGGGUAGUGAUAAUGGAUUUUUAACCUUUUUCCUGAAACAUGAAUGGCUGGGAGAUACUCUUCACUGUUUCUCCUGCCUUAUUGCCCUUCAGUACUGUGAAGUCUGCAACCAUCUCUCCUUUUUUUUACUUGAAAAUAACACUGGCCUCAGGUUGGGGUUUUUGGUUCUGUUCUUUUUUCCCCUCUUGUAAUUGCAUUCCUUUGUUUUGUAUUAAGCUGGCAGGAGUUUCUGGGAGAUAGCUGGCACAUGUGUUCAAAUGACAAAUCUUCAAGGUUAGGUCACUUCUGAUGGGGAAGACCAACUGAUUAGCAUUUCUUGAUAGGCUGCUACAAACAUGAGCUAUAAGCUGCUCUCUAGCUUUUUCUGCCUCUUGAAACCAAAUAAAAUAACCAUGUAAUUGUGUAUAUUUUUAAUUUUUCAAAGGGAAAAAGAAACCUUUGUUGUAUUUCUAUUUAUUUGGAAGGGCUCAAUGUUACCUUCUGAAAUCACUGAGAAGGGCUAAACAAGACACUGAAGUGCAUGUCCCUCCAUAAUUUUUGUUAUCUCUAAUUAAAGAGCAAGAAUAUUUUGUUUGAAUGAAAAAAUGGCUUGUUGCUUCUGGGGGCUUGAUUUUUUUUUUUAAGUUUUGAUUUUGUUUCUCAAAAAAUGAUGUGGAUAGCAAUUUUAUUUUUAUUUUCAAAUUCAGAAAGUUCAGUAGAGUGGAGAUUUGCUAAGGAUCCUUCUGUUUGCAGGCACACAUCUGUUGAUUAAUGAAGUGAAAAUGUACAGAUGAUUUUGUUUUUCUCCAAAUAAAAGCUAAACCCUCAAAUUUAA